AUGGACUCCCCUUUCAAGAUAAUCAUUGUUGGGGGAUCCGUUGCCGGCCUGACUCUGGCGCACUGUCUGCACAAGGCAGACAUCCCCUGUAUUGUCCUUGAAAAGCGGCCUGAAAUUGCUCCCCAAGAAGGAGCCUCGAUUGCAAUCCUGCCAAAUGGGGGGCGAAUCCUGGACCAACUGGGGCUCUACGACGCUGUUGAGAAGCUGAUCAAGCCAAAACACUUCUUGAAUCUGCGUUUCCCGGACGGAUUCCAGUUCAGCGACCCGUAUCCCAAGACCAUAAAUGAGCUCUUUGGGUUCCCAAUGGCGUGUUUAGACCGUCAACAAUUACUCCAGAUUCUGUAUCAAGCGUUUCCCAAGAGAUCGAACAUCUACGUGGGCAAAAAUGUCAUACGGGUCGACCAACAAGAUAGCCGUGUGCUGGUGUACACCGCAGAUGGAAGCACCUACGAGGGCGACCUGGUCGUUGGUGCCGACGGGGUCCACAGCCGUGUUCGAACUCAGAUGUGGCGCGCAGCCCAAGUGCGACAGCCGGGUCUGAUCUGUGAAAGCGAGAUAAACGGAAUGAGUAUCGAGUAUGGCUGCGUCUUCGGCGCCUCCACUACGGUUCCAGGAUUGAACGAGCAGCACCUGCAUGCAAGAGUGGACAAUGGGACCGCAUUCAUCCUCAUCCCGGGAGUCAAUGGACGAUUGUCCUGGUUCAUCAUCGUCAAACUGGAUAAAAGAUAUCGAUACGGUAGCGCGCCGCGGUUCUCUGUCGAAGAUGCGGCAGCCUGGGGCCAGCGAUUGACGGACAAAUACAUAUGGAAAGACAUCAAAUUCAAGCAGGUAUGGCAGAAUCGUGAGACCUUCGCCAUGACGGCACUAGAAGAAAAUGUGUUUCGAAACUGGAGUUGCGGCCGCAUUGUCUGUAUUGGCGAUAGUAUGCACAAGAUGACACUGAACCUUGGACAAGGGGCCAACUGUGCUAUUGAAGACGCGGCUGCUCUAGCUAACAAGAUACAUGAUGCUCUGAGGGCUAAGCAUCCAGGAAACAGGCUUUGUGAUAAGGAGGUUGAGGACAUCCUCUCCGAGUUCAGCAACAUCCAAGUCAAACGCAUAUCCAAAAUCUACAACGUGUCGAGGAUCGCCGUGCGCUUGCAGACUCGAGCAAAUCUGGUAUACAGGGUAGUGUUGCGUUAUUUGGUUCCGUACGCUGGAGACACACCCGCGAAGAGAGUGCUGAGGAUCCUGGAGGGAGCUACAGUCUUAAACUUCAUCCCCUUACCCACUCGCUCAGGUCCCGGCUGGGCACCACUCAGGAGGGAGGAAACGGUCUUUCCAAGAUGGGCUGGAGCUGCGUUUGCAUUUUUGUUACUAAUAUCACUGGCGUCAGUCAACCUGAAAUUUCUUGGAUAUUACAUCUACUAUAUGUCGGCUCUCGGCGGCUCCCUCAUGGAGAAAAUUCGAUGA